CUGCGCCCCCCUCUCUCUCUCUCUCUCUCUCUCUCUCUAUCUAUCUAUCUUUCGUUUUCUCUCUUUCUCUAUCCUGGAUCUUCUUGUGAGCACGACGAAGGUGGAAAAGUGUCACGAACCAGCGGAAGUGACAGAACGACCGAUCCCCCUCGGCGUCAAGGUCGUGGAAUGACGAAUAAGACUAUCCCGAGCGGAGAGCAGGAGCAAGGCCGAGGGUGACAGAGACAGUGUGAUGAGCGGAUACCUCGGUAGCAUCACCCUGCCCCCGACGUUGCUGCGCGAUCCCAAGUAUCCUCCAGCCAUGCGGGAGAAGGACUCGAGCCCGAGGAAGAUGCCGGGCCACAUAAGCCCGAAGCAAGCCAGCAUUUAUCCCUUGAGCGUCCGCGUGCCGGACGUCGAGGAGCUGCCGUACGACCUCAGCCACGGCCACGGUCGCGGCAUGUCGAGCCCGACGAAUCAACAACAGCAGCAGCCGCACAUGAGCCCCGCGGCCAGACCACCGCAACCUCAUCAGCAAGACGAGCUCGACUGCGAGCCGCUCGAUCUCCGCGUCGAUCACAAGAAGGAGCGGCUCAGGGACGAGAAUCAGAACGAGAUCGAAGUGCUGAACCAAAACAGCCUAGGCGGCAGUCUGCCGUAUCACACGGUGCUCUUUCCCCAGCCUCACGCGAUGCACCCGUUGAUGCUGGAGGCGAUGUAUCGGUCACAUCAUCACGGCUCGUCGGUGCCCGAUCUGCCAAAGAUCCAAGUCAGAGCGUUGCCGACGAUGGUGCCGCUGCCGUCCAACAGAUUCUCCUCGACGACCUCGUCGACCACCUCGCCCUCGUCGUCGCAGCCGAGCGUGAGGGCCGUCAGUCCGAUCGGCGGUCAACAGUCGCAGCAUCCGCAACCAAAUCACCCGUCGCAGCAGCAGCAACAGCAGCAGCAGCAGCAGCAGCAGCAGCAGCAGCAGCAUCAGCACCAGCACCAGCACCAACACCAGCAGCAGCAGCAGCAGCAGCAGCAGCAGCAAUCGCAGCAACAACAAUCGCAGCAGCAGCAACAGCAGCAGCAGCAGCAGCAGCAGCAGCAGCAGCCGCAACAGCAAGGCUCGAGUCUGCCGCCGUAUUCGAUCAGCGUGCAGGCCGGCCUCAAGCCCAAGGACAGAUACUCGUGCAAAUUCUGCGGUAAGGUCUUCCCCAGAUCGGCGAACCUGACGAGACACCUGAGGACGCAUACCGGCGAGCAACCGUACAAGUGCAAGUACUGCGAGAGGAGCUUCAGCAUCUCCAGUAACCUGCAACGUCACGUGAGGAACAUCCACAACAAGGAGAAGCCGUUCAAGUGCCCGCUCUGCGAGAGAUGCUUCGGCCAGCAGACCAAUCUGGACAGACACCUGAAGAAGCACGACGCGGACGGACCGACGAUACUGGACGAGGUAAGAUCGAGGUAUCAUGGUCAGCUGCCGAAGGCCGACGAGUCCUACUUCGAGGAGAUUCGCAGCUUCAUGGGGAAGAUCACAUCGCAGCGGCAGGGGAUAUCGUACUUCCCGAGUCUGCUCGGUCACGCCACCGACGAUUACAGAAACGACAAACAGCAGCUGCAGCUGGAGGAGAAGCGGGACCUGUCGUACUUCAGCGACCGGGAUAACCUCAGUUCGAGGUCGAGCGGCACGACCAGCAGGCCGGAGAGCGUCCAGGAGGAACAGAGGGAAACGAAUUCGCCGCCGCUCUCGCCGGGCAACAACACCUGAGUCCUGGCACCCGGAGUCAUUAGCAUGGUAACCCGUUAUCAGCAUGCGACUGCUUCACGGUCGAGAAAGAGAGACGUUUCGCCGAUUCGUUAAAGUGCGGUGGAGUCCGGGGAACGAGAGAAAGGAAGAGAAGGAGAGCGAGACGCGCGGGCCGUUCGAGCCGUUGGGAUCGAACGAGAGCGAAAGUCUCGGGAGGGUUAUAAAUUUCCGGCCGAACGAGCGACUCCACGACACAGCAACGGCACCGCCACGAGGAACUGCUAUCACUCGUGGCGAUCCUAGAUUAAUCCGAAACUAUUAGAGUGCACGAGAUAAAUUAUCCUGCGUAGAAAUUCCUUCCCGCGAGCCGAGAGAGCGUCAAAGAGACGCCGACGGAAUCUGAGAAGACGAAAAAGCGAGAGCGAUCUAUUAAUGAAGGUAGAUCUGACUCGAGAGAUCGGCGGUGAAUCAUUUGCUCAAGACACGACGAGCGAUACGUAGUCGGAUCAUCGUUUUCUAUAUGCUAGCUUUUAACGAUCCACAAACUCGGAAACGAACUCAUCGGGCGACGUAGCCGACGAGAGGAGAGAGACGGCUUCUCAGACGGCGGACCUCCAGUCCGCUCAGUGAGGAAACGCUCGGAAUUAAAUUGGCACGCGGUGCCCUGAAGAAACAUGUGCCUAACUUCUAGGACGCAUCGUCCUUCGAUCCUGAAGAAUACGAUCCGAUCGGGUCGAUAUACGAAGAGCCUUAAUUAAGUUAGUUAAACGAGAUAAAUUAAUCUAUCUCUUAUACGCGCUAGAUACCGCACUAGAUAAUUCUAGAGUUAAACGCGUGCGCUUGAGCGAGUCGGAAAAGUCAUUGAGAAGUCGAGGCAAAGUCGAAAGUCGCAAUCUACGAGCCAAUCUGCGAAGAAACAAUGAAGAAGUCUAGCGGAAUUCCGAUCCCGGGCGAGAAGCUACGAGCGAUGCGAGAUGUCUUGAUGAUGAUUUGUAAAAUUAUCUCUCAGCUGCCGCGCGUAUUUUCCCUCUAUGUUUGCAAAGUUCCAUAACAACGACGAGGAACAUUCUUUCGAUCUUAACUUCGCAGCUCGGGCCGUAGAAUUCCAACGGCCCAUACGGUAUGUACAAAGUACAAUCCAUUUACGUUUGCAGGCUGUCGCAAUCCUCUUACUUACACACCGAAAAUUAUUGUAAUUACCCGCGAAUUCGCAUCCGCAUCGGAUUUCUCUCGCGUAAACUCGAAUCGCUACGACAUAAAAUGUUAAACUUUCGAUAUUGGGCAAAAACAGAAACUGCACCGAACGGUCAAUAUAAUUCGCAAAUGCACUGAGAAAGUUCCGAAAGAGCGAUAUCGUUCUGAAACUUGCGGCGUUGAAUCGGCGCGCCGCCGAUUGCGGCAUAACGCAUGACUAAUUCGCGGAGAAGAAAGGCCAGCAUGGGAAUAAAAAAAGAAGCGCCGACGCUGCGUAAUUAAGGCCGUCGCGAUCCUUUCGAUCGUCCCUGCACUUUUCCACCUUUCACGACGCAUUCCUCUCGCGCGGCAGGGAUCAGCUCGAAGUUGCAGAAGUCCGAUUUCGAGAUCGACGCGGCGCGAAGUACCGCCCGAAGAAGUGCCGCGUGCGACACAGACAAAGUCCUUGUGCCAAGAUAGCAGCAAUUAACGUUCUAAACGUUCGAGUGAAAUAUGAAAAAUCACACGGCGAUUAUCAAAUAAAUUUCGCAACACCGAUCGCGAUUUAUCGCAUCUUUUCUGUCGGCGUGUCACGAAAAAUCCAGCCGCUAAUAUUCAUCAACUUAUCAAAUGUAAUUUUUUCGCGUCACAUAUUGUCGCGUGUCGAGUACUCGAAGAGUACUCGAGUACACAUUCAAGUCACAGCUGGCUCGGUACUGAAAGCGGUAAGAUACUCGCGCAAACGCCGUGGCCUCACCGCCGAGGAAGAGGUUCGCGACCCGGCGCGGCGAGACGGACGAAAAAGUCCUUCGUGGAAGGAAAAGUCGUGGCGAGAAGGCGCGGGACGAUUCGUAGCGGCUGAUGGGCGACCGCUCGAUUUUACGACCUAGAAAGUGAAUUUCAGCACCCGGCCCCAACUCGAGCAACUCGGGCGCCUUCGGACGUAAUCCGCGGAUCGCGGAUCACUCGGGCUCGUCGGGCCCAAUGAUCCGCUGAGGCGGCCGAUAAUAAAAUAGCGUUUAGAAAUCGAUGGGCGGAUCCGCGAACGCGCCUGUAUUGCCGUUGCCAGUCAGCCGCGCGUUGGGAAAUCGGAACUGACGGAAGAGCUCGGAAAGUUCGUCGCACUCUGCGCGCCUCGGAUCGUUAAGUUUUUAAUCGGGGAAGCGGUGACGCGUCGCGGGGCCGCGGCCGCACCGUGAAUGAUCGCCGCGAAAUGAAAACGUCGAUGCCUGUAGCAACGUUCUCCGGCAUUCUUGCGACCGCGAGAACGUUCGUCUUGGAACGCAAAAUCGGAGGUCGGAGCGUUUGUGGCAUUGUGUGUGUGUGUGUGUGUGUGUGUGUACUACACGUUCACUUCGUGUUCGAUCGAAAUUCGUCAAUCGGAGAUUUUCCUCGAGAACGUGGGACAAUGAAAAUUCGCACUCGUUGGAUUCUUUCUAAUUGAUCCGCAGUCUGAAUGGCAAUUUCGCAAACUGACAGAAGACCCUCCUAUAAAAGUCUGGCCGUUCUGCAGAAGAAACGGAAGGGAGACCAAGUGGAAGCUGUUUCUCCGCGUCUGAAACCAGUUCAUAGCGGGAAAAAAGAAGCAGCCGCGCGCGUCCUGCGUGAUUAUUAAUAUCCCAUUACCGUGGCGAGCCGCGAGAGAGUCAAUUAUCGCGAAACAGCGGCGCGACGCGAUCCGGAUCUAAACCGCUGGGCUUCGCGAGUUGAUCUCCAAUUUGGAAUUAAUCCGUCCGCUCGGAAAUGAAGUAACGGUCUAACGAUAUUAGCCCCCCCCCCCCCACCCCGUCACGAUUUAUCGAUAUUACGACCGCGUUUUACCGACCCGCCCAAUAUGCGUCAGACGUCGGAUUCUGGAAAAGCAUUACGAAGGACAAGUGUGUGUUGCGCCGUCGCAGGAACUCGCGGAACUCGCGGAAAUCUCUCGCGUCUGCAGUAGCGUCGAUCAAUCUCAUCACGCGGCCCCUUCGCUCGCGUUUGGCAAACGAACGCGGCGAGGCGAGGCGAGGCGAGGCGGAGGCGUUCGAGGAGCGCACAGCCAGGACGAUCCGCUUCACACGAUGCGCUGCUCGGCGGCAUUCGUUGCAGCUAACGCAUCGGAAAGCGAUAUCCGCCGAUUCAGCGCGUUCGCGGGGCCGCAAAAGGCCGCAAAAACGGCAGGCGAACGGUUAUCAUGCCGGCCGGCGCGAAGGCAAAUGGUGCGAAAUCUCCCGCGAGGAGAUUUCCCAUCAACGGAAGACGUCUACGACGGCGAAGAAAGGACUCGCGAUCGGAAGCGGCGCGGCGCGGCGCGGCGCGGCGCGGAGCGGCGGAGCGAGCGCGCGAACGGAAUCUGCGGCGUGGAAAAGCUGCGUGCUUCCUGCCGGCGAUGAUCGGCAAGAAGAGGCGAGUAAACGAGCGGGGUACCUUGGUGAACGUACCGCGGGCAAUCCCACACGGAUGAUGAUAUAUCCCCUCGUUUCCUGCGGACGGUCGCUCAAGAGCGUACCUUGGGCGAAACGAUGUAAUCGUCUUCCGCUCCUUAAGUCAGGUGCAAAUUUAUCGGCACUUUCUAGCGAGCGUUCGAUACGCGGCCCGGCGCACCGCAGGUGCAGAUUCCUCCGGGGUGGAUCGGUUGACCUUGAGAUUAACCCGAUCGACGCGACUCGUGCUAGCGAGCGGAUCGCAACGCGGGGGUCAGAGACAUAACGGAGCAUAAACUCGGGCAACCGAUUGAUCGCCGGUAAACGAUCGAUGGAUCGCGCGUACGCGGUGAACAGAAGUGAGCUUUAAAGUCUCCUUACGUCGACGUCGCGGGAUCUCGCGUGGAGGAUAGUACGUGUCGCGCGGGAAAAGUCGCGUGCUCGCAGGAUCCCCCCCCCCUCGCACGUGCAUGCAGGCAAGGAUAUUUUGCAUACGCUAAGAGCUCCCCUCGCUCGUAUAUACCGCCAUCGCAUGCGCGGCGAGUCUUGCACCUGCGGAAAAUUGAUACGUGCAAGCUCCGCUAAAUCACAGUGCUAAAUUGGAAAGGUGAUGGCUCGGCCAGUGGCAGAUGCGUGCAUCCUGGCGCCUCGGGGCCUUAUCGUUUUACGGAGUCUCUUAUUGAUGUUUCUUCUUCGCACACUUCUUCCCUGCGUAAUCUUUGCGCACUCCCCCCUUUCCGCUAAUGAUAAAGUGCGCGUCUCGUCUCUCAUAACUGACUAUCUUUUUCUAUCUCUAUUUUUUCACUUUUCUCUCCGAUUUUUUUAUUAAGUGUAUUCGAAUUGAAGAGAAAAUGUAAAAAAUGUGUCAAAGUGCCUCUGGAGUCGCGACGCGAUUCAAGUGAAACCUCGCGGAUCUCGCGAAUCCAAAACGCGAAAUUAGCGGAAUACAUUGGACGACUUGGGCAGUCCUUGCGGACAUUUUCGGUGAAAAUCGCGCGCGCGCGCACGCACGCACGCACACGUGCGUGUUUCUCGUUCGUUGGAAUCGGAGUCCCGGGUUACUUUCGUCGGGUGGAAUAAUCCCGCGACACGCGAUAGCACUAUUACAAGCGCGCUCGGUUUCCUCGAGUUCUCCGGAACGCGCUUGAAAAUCCCGACCGACGCGUCUUAAAAACGGACUAAUCGCUUCCCGGCACUGAUCUUCGGGCGCUAGUUUACCGCGCUUUCUAGAUCGUGCCUGACACCGUCGGAGCGGAAAACAAAUAACAAGUCCAGUUUCGUGACUGAAAGUGUUAUCUCGCGCGCGAGCCCGAUUAAUUACGCGUCUUUUGCGUUUACGCAGCCGGCGAUAAUGGCGACGUAAAUAAGCGUUCCAUUCGGACUGCUUGGUCGAUUCGCGACGCAUCCGCUCCAGCAGCGAUACGUCACGCUGUCACCGAGAUAAAACACGAGAUAAAAUAUAUGAGCGACAGCGCGGAAGUCGUCGUAUAUAAAACUUUAGCGAUAUCGCAGAUGCCCCGUCGUCCGUUUCAUCUUCAAUCUCACUCGGUUGCUCGCGUCGUUAUCAGGCGAGACCAGCGAGUAAUAUUCCGGCGGGACCAAUUACCUGUAACAUCUAUCAGCGGCGUGGGAAAUCGAUCCCGCUGCGAAAUUAUACCGGUCUCGAUCGCUGCGUGAAAAUCGCUCCUCCGUGUUCGCGCGCGCGUCAGUGAUAAUGAAAAUGUGACAAUCAACGUGAGCACGAUAAUACGCACCGUGCAUUAUUCCCGACACCCCGGACUGCGCGUUCUCGCUCCUGGCAUUACAUACGUAUUUUAUCGGGACUCGAUACGACUGUCGUAAAUAGCAGUAGAUUAAUUUAACGAUGACGCAGUUAUCGCGAGCCCGUCCGAUUACGACGGCAAUUUCCCGCAACCCGACGAACCGUCGCCGCGCGCCGGGUUCGCUCACCGUGAAAACGAUUUAAUCCUUCCUGCCGGUAUGAUAUUGGGUGCAAAUUUAUCGGCACUUUCUAAGCCGUGCGCGCGCGCGCGUUUGCUCGCUCGCUCGUGCGCGCGCGCGAAGGUGGUGUACAGGUGCAAAUCCGACCUUGAUUAACCCGAUCAGUGAUUCGUAACACUGUAACGAGAGCCUGUCCGGCUUGCAGAGGAUGACGUGAGCUACGAGUAGCUCAAGGUGCUGCCGAGGCUGAAGAUCGCUGCGCGUCUGUCGGACUUUUCCACGCCCUUUUCGUUUCAUCGCGGAGGGCGGACGGCUGGAAAAGCCGCUUUCUACGGCGCGCGCGCGCGCGCGGAUGCAAAUGCGCGGAAAGAUCGCGCCGCGCGAUAUCGCCGACAAUGACUCGUAAACCGCAACAUUUUAAACGUAGAUCGCUUCCCCGGAGCGAUCCACUUUUGCUAUACGCGCGGCUCUCCGCCCGAAGGAAGGAUCUAAUAAAUAUCUAGCGGAUUGUUAUUUGAAUCGCCGCGCGGAAAGAACGAGAUGCCGCCGCCGUGCGCCGAGAACGACGUCGACGACAUGCCGCGCCGCGCCGCGCCGCGCCGGGAAGAAUUUAAUCGCUGGCUGCGGAUCAAAAUUAUUGCGCUUUCUAAACGAUAAUACCUACGCAACGCGGGUGCUUUCAAGAUAGGAGCAAGAUUUGCGCGCGCGCGCGCGUGUUCGCGUCUUGGCCUCCAUGGUUGGUUAGCGAAGGUCGAAGAACUCGCGCGCGCAGUCAUAAAAUGCCGGUGUAAUUGUACAUGUAUAAAUUGCGCAGAUCCUGUGUACUUAAUAUUGCGAUAUUCCCAUGGAAACGUUCGAAAGUACCGAUCGCGUCGCCGUCUCUCGUGUCUUUUUUGUUGGCUCAUCUUCUCCGCUCCGCCGCGCCGCGCGCGGAGGACGACGCGCGCUCGUUCUCUCGCGGUCCUACCGUCCAAUUCUUCAUUUUACUCUUAUUAUCGUCGUUUCGUAACGCGGCCUUGCGAACGCGCGCGGUGACUAAGCCCGCACAAUGCAGAUCUCAGGUGAAGCCUCGAGAGGAUGGCGCGCGGACCCUGUUUUUCUCCUUCACACGUGUACGAUCGCAGCCGAUGGCCUCGGACCUCUCUUGCGUUACACUUUUGCCACGCCCCGAUCGAACGGGUAAGCUCAUCGCGAAAGUGAAACGCAAUAAAGGAGCCACGCCGAGCGAGAGUCUCGAGCAGAGAGCGCGAAGGCGGAAGAGAGAAAGAGAGAGAGACGGGCUUGUCGAGACCGAGAAAAAGGGAGAAGGAGACAGGGAGGGAGAGAGAGAGAGAGGAAGAGAGUGAGAGCGAGAGAGAGAGAGAGAGAGAGAGAGAGAGAUCCUAUCGAUCGGAACCUCGAGGCCUGGAAAUCGGUUUCCUCGCAGCAUCCCGCGAUCGUCGGCCAGCGCAGGUAGAUACGCUCGAUUCGAAUUUUCUCUCGAAACACGCGCCUUCGAUAAGCGCGAGAUUCAAUGAACCAAGACGCCGGAUGUUCCGCGGAUACGAAAAUCAGUGUUCCCGUGAUUAACUUAAGAAUGCAACGCGCCAUGAUUUUUUUGUUCUCCGCGAAAGCCAAGGAAAUUAUGAUAAGAAGGUCCGAUAAACGGGAAACGAAAGAAACUCUCUAGCGACCGAUCGUCGUCUCUCACAAACUGCUCCCGCGUGCUAAGAGAGUCGCAGCGAGUACGCUUACGAUUCUUCUCUCGAUUAUAGUACAAACUUACACGUAUCUCUUCAGCAGAUCUCGCGUAUGACUGUGUCGAUAUUAAGCGCGCGUACGAGGCGCGUUUCGAAAGGAGCCGCGCCUCGCUAACGAACCCCGGCGAAUUCGGAAGCAGAGCGUUUCGCAAAAGGCGGCGACUCGCCGCGAAGGCGCGUCGGCGAUUGCGCAAAAUUCGUACCAUUUGCGAAUCUAAACCCGGCAGACUUUUCAACCAGUUUCCUGCAAAACCAGCUCGGCUCGUUCGGUGCCGCGCUGCGUCUAUCCGCGAAAUUGCGUCAGGUACUCGCGACCCGAGCGACAUACCGACUCGCACCUUACGAUCUCAUCUCACGGCUUCUCCCGCUUCAGUUCGCGAUUCUCAGUGCGUGAUUUCACGUGUGUAUGUGUGUGUGUGUGUGUGUGUGUGUGUGUGUGUGUUUCAUGCGUGUCAGCAGCGGUCGCGCGACGCUCUCGGGCUUUCGUUCGUCCGCCGAAUUGCGACAGCCGGCAAGCGAGAAUCAAAAGAAAAGUGCGGCUGCGGAAAACUGCGGCAGUCAUUUCGGCCGCCGCGCCGUUGGUAAACUCGUAGCGUUCGUUUGAGCGUGCGUCGUGCUGUGCCGCGGUGCUCGUCAGCACGCGAGCCUUUUAUGUUACCUUCCAGUCGUGAAUCAUAAAUUCCGACGACUACAUGUUACAAUAAAAUGCGUAUUGAAGCAACGACCGUAAAUACUAGGAAUAGUACGUACGACACUCGCGGCCUGUGUAACGCGAAUCGCACGUGCCCGACAUGUAUACAUCUCUUAGCUGUUAGAAUUCGUUUGUAUAUCGAGGCUCAAUCUUAUAGUUAGACGAAAUCUCGCAAAGAGAGUGCCACCGCAAUGAGCGUAAUUCAAGCUCACUCUCCUCCCCCCCCCCUCUCUCUCUCUCUCUCUCUCUCUCUCUCUCUCUCUCUCUCUCUCUCUCUACCCUUUUCCCUCUCUUUUCAUCUCUCCCUUUCUGGAGCGUUCCGAAUUUCCAAACAUGAGAUUAUUUUGUAACGACGAUCGCGCCUCAUCACAUCGGCAUCGCACGCUCAUAUUAUUGCACAUGUAAAUUCAUUAGAGAUCAUUCACAUUUGUCGACAACGCUCGUGGAUGUGGUCUCGACGAUAGAUGUUGCUCUCGAGGUGCGACAUCCCCGAGCGGACACGCGUAAACGUCGCAUCGUAUUAAAUAUAAGGAAGCACACAUAUCUCGCGAUAUGUGGAGCAAAAUCGACGAUUGUGCGCUAGCCCGACGUGGCGACUUACUUCGAUCAACUCGGUAAGACCGGCUUAAAUCUGUAUUUUAGUUACGAGGCCCCCGUGAGUCAGGGGCUCGCAUCCGUCGUAAAGCACUUCUCUCUCUCCCUUCUCUCUCUCUCUCUCUCUCUCUCUCUCUCUCUCUCUCUCUCUCUCUCUCUCUCAGGCCUUACCGCGAUCUCGAUCGUCGCCAACGUCGAAUUCUAACGGAGCUAAUCGAUCCGAUUCGCACGAGUGUUCGUACCACCCUCCUGUAAUUAUAUAUAGUCAACACCGCACGCGGUAUGUACUAAGUAACAAAAAGAAGCAAUUUGUAAAAAGAGCUCUCUAAUUUUUAUAUGAGAUAUAAAUAUACGAUAUGAAUAUGCAUAGCUAAUAUAUAUACGUACAGAUAGAGAUAUAAAUCGUACCACCCACGAAUGUGAUUUGACCGAGGUUACCGUGUUAUACGUACUUACUAUUAGCCACGGAAACGGCGCCGUGUGCCGAGGAAGCUAUAAAGCGCUCGUUACCUUUAGAACAAGUAGUUUUUUAAGGGACACACGCGUACACACACUGACACACGCAGUAACAUGCAUCACACACACACACACGUACACGACAGUUUUCAAGCUCAGUUCAAUCCCACAGAUUCUUACGUUUAUAGUCAAAUAUAAAGAGCAUAACAAGCGCCGAGCGCUUCAAGCGGACGAACGAUCGUAGUAUUGUUUGAUGCUGUUACAAAGACGCGCGAUGUGUUAUUUGUGUUGAUGUAUAAAACUGGACUCGCGUUACGUUUCGAAUGUAUUCUGUGCGAAUAAAAUACGACGCUUCCGUCUAAUAAAAUCUCAGUGGUUCACCGGAGCAAUGACUGAAAAUUCUUCGUGUCGCGAAGAUCACAUUUCAUUGUGCGAAGCCCUUCAUUCACGCGGACCUAAUUGUAAAUAUCUCAAUUAUUUAUUCUUCUUCCUUCUCAAUUUUAAUUAUUUAUCUUGUCAGAAUUCAAUGUGAUAUCCUGAUGCGAUAGGAGAAAAGCAAAUUGUGACGUUCUAGUGAUUCUGGGAAGGAUAACUACGAAUCUUCCUUGAGAAAGGAAGCGGUUUCCACACA